CGUAUCCUUUGUCUGUGGAGAUAAUUAAUUCAAUUGAAAGUGAAGAGGGAGAGAAUAUACAACUCCUUUUUCUCCGUGUUCAUAAUUAUGUUUUCCGUCUUCAAUCAUCUCCCCCAUCAACAACUAGAGAGAAAACCUUCAAAGAUGAUAAACCAAAACACCCAAUUUUUUAUCCUCAAACCCCUCCUUUUUUCCAUUACCAAUUCCUACAUCAUCAUCUUUUGCCUCCUUGCCCAAAUCACUUCUUCUCAAGUCGACCCUAAAUUCGUUGCAUGUGCACCCAAAACCUGCCCCAACAACAACCAAUCUAUUAGCUUUCCUUUUUACAUCCAAGGAACGCAAGAACCUUAUUGUGGGAGUCCUGGUUUUGAAAUCUCCUGUUCUCUAGAUGGCUUCCCUAUCCUCAAUCUCUCUCACACCCAAUACCUCAUUCAUCAAAUCUUCUACCAAAAUCAGUCCCUGCGACUGUCCAAUGCCGCGUUCUCAGCUUUGCAAUCAAACACCACCAGGGGUUGUCUUGUGCCAACUCAGAAUCUCACUCUUCCUCCUACUAAAGUAUUCGGUGUUGCUCCGAAUCAAACGGACAUGGUGUUGUUCUACGGCUGUGACGCAUCUACCCUUCACGAUCAGAGAGUUGGGUGUUCUGUAGAAAACGAGACAAGUUCCGUUUUGGCAUUGGAUAAAAGGGAUAAAAAUAUAAGCUUUAUGGCGAAGAGUUGCAAGGGUGAUGUGGUGAAUACGGUGGUGGAAGAUGGAACGGGAGGGGUUGAUGAAGCGUUGAGAAAAGGGUUUUUGCUGUCAUGGACUGCGAGUAAUUGCACCCCAUGCAACAGCACCGAGUGA